AUGGGCUCCUCGGAGAUCCGUGGGAGCCGGCCGCGGAUCGUCCUGUUCGGGGACUCGAUCACGGAGCAGUCGUUCAGGCCCGGGGGAUGGGGGGCGGCUCUGGCCGAUGUUUACUCCCGCAAGGUCGUUCCCUCUGCUUCUUCUUUUUCUUCCUUGUCGUUCCUUUGGGUCCCGUUUCUCUCUUUUUUCCUUUUUUGAUGUUUCUUGCCUACCACUCACGUCUCUCGCGAAUUCCUUUUCGAUGGACGGAAUCUAGUCUUGGAUCUCGAAUGCGUUAAGUGAAGAGCGAGCAUUGGAGGAAUCUAGGGUGUCCUUCGUCAAUUCAUUUUCCGCAAUUUUCUCUUCAGAAUGUGCGUUCUGUAUUUUUCUGCGAAAUUAUUUUAAAAUAUCUAGGGGAUCCUUUGAGACGUCGAUAGAUUUGGUGGAUAUGCAUCUGAAAACGUAUUGGAGAAGACUUUGUUCUUCUCCAUUUUUAAAUCUGCACUUUCAAGAGAAUAAGGAGUUCUCCUUCCUUCAUUUUCUUUGCACCUUUUAUAUCGAUCGGAAAUACUCUUUUUCUUUGUAUUUCUCUUGGAUAUCUGGUAAAACGAAUUUCAGUUUCUUAUUGUGGCUUGCCAGAGGCAUUCCGUGCUGUGUUUUUAUGACACACUCCUUAUUUUCUACCGUCUUACCUAAAUCCUAGGUCCCUUCUAUUCCGAAAAAAUCGAAGAAUCCUUGAAAUUAGAAAUUUUUUGGAGAACUUUUUUCAAGAUAGUGCUCCAAAAGCCCUCGAUUGUGAGAUAAAACUUCGUCAUCUAAGUAGAUCUUGUAUGAUUCCUAUGUUAGGACUUAGCUUGAGUUGUACUCUGCUAUAUUGCUUAUUAUCCCUUUAUAGAGCGAACAAAAGAGUCACAGAGGCUUUGCAUUACCUUCUGUAUGCUCGCUGCUCGAUGACUUUCGGCUCAAAGUUUUGCCAAUUUCUUCGGUCUAUUCAUGUCAUUUAUUUUUCUCACUGAACCCAGUGUUGCAUCCUACUCAUUCUCCUGACAGUGCCCCCUUAACUUUCAUAUUGUUUCUCAUGUUCAUUCUGUUGCAUCAGGCUGAUAUAACCAUCAGAGGUUAUGGCGGAUACAACACGAGGUGGGCCUUGCACCUACUUGGCCAUAUUUUUCCGUCCGUAAGAUUUGAACCUCUUGAAUUAUUUUCGCUUUCAUUUUUCCUGCUAAUUUUAGCAUGCUUCAAUACAUUUUUAUUAGCCUCUUUGUUGACAGUGGAUGUGUUGCAACUCAAUACUAUAAAUAGGAUCUAAUUUGUGGAAAAUAUGUCCCCGCAGCUACAUACCAAUGCCAUCAGAAUAUUAACCUUCUUUCAAACUGUUUAUGUCGGAGAUAUUACUUCAGGAAAAAUAAAAAACUGGAAGUAGUAUUUGAUGAAAAUGGAAUAUCCUGAUAGUCACAAUCCAAUUGUCUGUUUAUCCUUGUUCAGUUGCUCCCUUCUCUUCUUUUUUUUUUUUCUGUGUGUGUGUGUGUGUCUGAGAUCUUAAAUGUUCCAUCGCAUGCUACUAUCACGCUGCCAUUUGAUGGUCUAGGAACUCAAAUGUGCAUUGAGGAGUACAUUGGACAUCUUUAGUAAUUUAUUAACAAAAACUAUCAUAAUGAAAUAUAAGGCUCCCGAAAGUUUUGCAGCAGAUUCUUGGACCUCGACAGUUUUUGUGAUGCCUAAACCAUGUGGGUUUCUUGCUUUUGCCAAUGCAGGAUGGUUCAGCCCCCCCAGUAGCUGUAACCAUUUUCUUUGGUGCUAAUGAUGCAGCUCUAUUGGGAAGGAACAGUCAUCGGCAGCAUGUACCUCUUAAAGAGUACAAGGAUAAUCUCAGGUUGAUCGUCCAGCACCUGAAGGUUAAAAUAUAAAAACAAUCACCAUUUUUCAGAAUUAAAUUGCACCUGUCAUUAUUUUACGUUCCAUUGAAUGCUUAUAUCCCUUUUGGGAAGAUAAACCCUAUGAAAAGGUGCUAAUGGACAGAUCCUUUCUCCGUCAGCAGAUUUAGAUUGAGGGCAGUCACAUGUCAAUGGAGUUGACUAUUUGUUUACAUCAAAACCAGCUUGCUCUUAUACAGACUUAGGUUGGUUUAUAUUUUUUGUUAUUUGCAGGAAUCCUCUCCUACCAUACUGAUCGUGCUGAUUACUCCCCCCCCUAUUGACGAGGAUGGAAGGAUGGAAUUUGCCCGGUUAGAUGCAUCCUUGUGAAUGCUCAGCUUGCUAUUCCUGUGAUAGCUGACGUUUGGUUCCAAGAUCAAUUUCUUUAAAUUUUUUUAUUUUUUUUUUCCAAGAUGAAUUUCUUCCCUGUAGGUCUGUGUAUGGUGAUAAGGCAAUGAAACUACCAGAGAGAACAAACGAAGUGACGGGUCUUUAUGCAAAGGAAUGCAUCAACUUAGCCGCCGAAUUGCAGAUUCCGUGCAUAAAUUUAUGGUCUAAGAUGCAGGAAACUGAAGGAUGGCAGAAGAAAUUCCUAAGGUUAGUAAGAUCCUUCGAUCUCCUGCAUUGUUCGAGCUUUUUUUCAAGGCCCAUUUUAUUUGAAUCAAAGUUCAUAGGACUUUGCUUAUAAGCCAACUAAACUUAGAUAUAUAUAUACAUAUAUAUAUAUUUCUGAGGAGAUCUCACAAUUACCAGGCUCUCUCCCUCCCUUUCCCCAGUGAUGGCCUUCACCUCACGGAGGAGGGCAAUGGAGCUGUUUUCAGGGAAGUCGUGAGAGUUUUCAGUGAAGCGGGGCUCAACGCCGACAGCAUGCCGUAUGAUUUCCCCCAUCAUUCUGUGAUCAGCGGGGACAACCCGGAGCAAGCUUUCCUUUAG